AUGGUGGUGCCGCGCGAAAGGUGGAAGGCGACGGACUUUGUAGUGGACGACAUGGUGUACUCCAGCAUCGACGUGCUCAUAAUGGACGCCCUACGACACCUACAAUGCUUGGAGAAGGAUAGCACGCUCAGGCUGUACACCGCGUUCAUCUACCACUACAAGAAGUGGGCGGCGAAGAUGCUGAAGCAGAUACGCGACAAGCUACCCCAUGAGCAACGACUUCGGCACGUCGACGAGAUCGGCCACUACAUCCGCGACAACAAGAAAAAGGAUUGGUGCAACGAGAAAGUGGUCCGCCGACAGUACAUCUGGCUGCACGGCCCUAGGGUCACCGAAACCCGGCUGCGCGCCUACGUGAAGCAAAUGAGCCGUGAGUGUAACCUCAUUGUUGACCAGCCCGGGGAGGAGAACAAUGCCACGGGAACGGGGCCUGCGAGGUCGACAACUGUGCACACGAUCCUCGGGCGCAUAAAGGCAUGCCAGAUGGCGGCGAGGGUGGAGGCGACGCUGUACCGAGAGAAGGAGCUGGGCAUCAUGAGGGAGAUCUCGGUGGUCGGAUCGGAGGUGCGGAACUACGCCGACCGCCGACGCGGCACCAUCGGCAAUACCUACACCGCCGAGCAGUUCUGCCAGAUCAUGAUGAGGGUGCUGCCGACAUGGGCGGCGGCGGCGUGGAACCCGCGGGCAACCACUCCGUCGCAGACGCUGUGGCGAUUCCUGCUCGUCAAGGUGCUCACGCUACUCUCCCACCACUCUCUCCUGCGCGCCGCCAGCAUCCGCGAGAUCACGCUCCCCGCCGUCUUCUUGUACCACCCGGCGAGCACCUCGGAGGUGAACCCGGAUAGCCAGCCGGUCGUCAUGGUGAUCGCCGCGCGUAACUCGAAGACUUCCAAGGAUGCCCGUCUUCAGCAGAGCUACGCGGCGCGACACCUGGAAGCGGAGCUGUGCGCCAUCGGCGAGACCGGCCUGUGGCUGCACUUCAUCCUCGACCAGAUCGGUUAG